AUGGAAAAAAAACAUUCAAAGCAGUUCAGUUCAGCCAACCCCGGCGUUGUUUUAUUUGUCCUUGACCAGUCCGGCUCCAUGAAGGAAACGUAUCCGGAAGGCGGCAGCAAGGCGGCUUUCCUACACAAGGUCGUCAACAGGACCAUCAACGAGAUGAUCAAUGCGAAUAUGGACGGUGAAACGGUGAAGGACCGUGCGAUCGUCUCCCUCUUUGGCUGCGGGGGGAAAGGCGCGACGGAGAUCCGCACCGACAAACUGAGCGGUUUCGCCAACAAUCCGCUCAGGAUCGAAAGCGCCACCCAGAAAGUGUCCGACGGGAAUGGCGGCCUGGUGGAAGUGUCCACCCAGAACCCGGUCUUUUUUGAAGCGCAGGCAGGAGGACCGACACCGUUGGGCUCCACUUUGGAAGUCGUCAAGCCGGUGGUGGCCGCCUUCAUGGACAAAUACCCGGACAGCCCGGCGCCGGUGAUCAUCAUCGUGUCGGACGGCUUGCCCUAUGCGGAAGGUGUGGACGAGGAGGCCAAGGCCAUCUCUGUGGCCCGCGAGAUCAUGGACCUGCAGGGGAACGACGGCUCCCCGCUCAUCUUCAACUGCCACAUCGGCAACGGGGCCAACAAAUGCUCCUUCCCCUCUUCCGAGGAUGAUCUGCACGACGAGCAGGCUCGCUUUUUGUACAAGAUCAGCUCGGAAGUCCCCGAUUCCUACAAGGAAGCCGCCGCCAAGCUGGAGUUGGAGCUCCCGGACAACUGCAGGGGAAUGAUCCUGGUCGACAAAGCCGUCGAACAAACCUGUGACGAGGACGGCGCGCUGGAGGAUUGCCGGAAAGAGUGGCUGUCGCAGGUGACCCGGCGCGUGUCCCGCCCCGAGGUGAAAUGGUUCACCGCCAACGCCUUCCUCAGACAGGAGCCCGCCCUGUCCACUUUGGUGACCCUGGCGUUCGACGAGGAGAACAUGUGCUGGACGGCUUCCGCCAUCGGCGACAGCUUCCUGUUCUUCGUCCCCAGGGGCAGGGAAGACGACAUGGAGCAUUGGACAAAGCUGUCGUCGAAACCGGAACCGGUAGUGUUCGACAACUUCCCCGAUUAUCUGUCGAGCCGCGGAGGGGGGAAAGGAGAGGCCAGGCACACCGCCGGACUGAUAGAGCCCGGGACUUUCUAUCUGAUGACCGACGCCUUGUCCGAAUGGGUGUUCGAGAACCGGGGGGACGCCCUGCGGCUCAUCCAAACAGACUGGACCGGGCAGAACGGCUUCAGGGACAGCGUGAACAGACUCAGGCAUUCCGGCGUGCUGCACGACGACGAUUCGUCCGUGUUGAUCAUCAAUGUGGAAGACGACGGCAUCGGCGACAUCUGUUACGGCAAGAAUAUGCAAAACGGGAAAUCAAAGAUCAGCUGUCCAAAGACGAUGCCCUCGCGAACUGAAAUCGUGACGGCCAUCAGCAACGACGUUUGUCUGAAAGCCGAGGAGCUGAGAGGGGGCAGCGUCAUCAAGCGCGGCUCCCUGGUGGUCCAGUUCGCCGGAGGCUUCACCAACGUGUUCCCUUUCAUCAAGAAAGACGGGAGGAAGGUCGCGGUCCGAUGUUGGUGCGCCGACAUCGACAGUGCCAAGGAACGCUGUUCCCACGUGGCGGAAUACCUGAAGGAUGACACCAGCGGCUACUUCGUCGACUUCCAGUAUGUGCCGGACGCGAUCCUGGUCGCCGGCGCGCUGCACCCGGUCGUCAUCAUGGAAUGGGUGGAGGGGAGCACCUUGAAGAAAUACAUCGAUGAGCAGGGGCCGUCUAAGCGGCUUUUCCUUGACCUGGCAGAAAAAUUCCGCAGGAUGGUGGAAUACCUUCACAGCAAGAACAUCUCUCAUGGCGACCUCCAGCAUGGCAACAUCAUGAUAAAGCCCGACGGCUCGCUGACCCUGAUUGAUUAUGAUUCCAUGUAUGUGGACAGCCUGAAGGGCAUGACAGAUGCGGUGAAAGGCUUGCCGGGCUACCAACAUCCGGCAAGAACGAAAAACCGGCUCCUGACACCAAAAAGCGACUACUUUUCCGAGCUUGUCAUCUAUCUCUCCCUGAACAUCUUCGCCGAAGACCCUUCGCUGUGGAAGGACUACGUGGACACGGAAGACCUCCUUUUCUCCAAAGAGGACUUCGACCACUUCAGGCAAUCGGACCUCUUCAAAGUGUACGGCUCUUGUUCAAAUCAGCGUAUCCGCUCGCUCAUGAAGAAGAUGGAGGAGGCCUUGUCCGUGGCGGACAUCGAGGGUUUGCUCCCCCUCGAGGCGGUGCUGGACAACAAGACCGGCACCGUCCCGGACGCGUCCGUGAAUGUGUCUGGGAUUAUUUCGAAAUUGGACAGCUUCAAGCCGGCCACCGCGCCGCACAGCAUGACUUUUCCCGACGCGGGCGGAAUCAUCGCCAACCUGAACACCCUCAUGGAAGCGAUCGAACUGAACAAGCAGAUACCGGCAAUCGACAUCAACAAGAUUAUCAGCAAGUUGCAGAUUUGA